UGAACUUUAUUUUUUUCUGGAAACAAUUCAAUCGCCAAUAUUUAUAUUAUUGUUGACAAAGAAUCUAGGGGUUUUAGACGUCAAAAAUAAACUUCUAGGUUAUCUGGCAAGCCUGUAUUUUGACAGUUACUGUUUAAAUAUGUAUUAUUUUCGAUUUAGUUUAGAAUUCAUUUAAAAUGGCCUAUAGUAAUAAAUUAAACUCUAACGUGGUCGAAAAAAUUUUGGAACAAGGCCAACGUUUGAGAAAUUCAAUGGUUCAAUCGAUAUUAAACAACGACCCAUUAAAUACGGAUGUUUUAUCUGUGAAACAUUGUAACACACCAACAAGUAGCAUAGAUCAACCACUAUGUCCGCAAUUAAAACUAGACGAAAGAAAAUUGGAAGCAUAUUUAAAAGGAGAUUACAUGACAAAGGAGGAGGAAAAAUUGGCUUUGGAUACAUUUCGAUCUAUGUCUGAUGUUGAUUUAUGUAGGGCAACAGAUAGAUCUUACAGUGGGUAUAAAAAAAAUUGCACAUGCAACACAUGCAGGGAGUACAAUACAAAAGAUUUGAAUUGUGAUAUUAAGAGAUCAAAUGAGCAAACAUAUAGGAGCAAUUACAGUGAAAACAGCAAUAAAAUCACAAAAUACAUAGAGGACCAAUACAGAUAUGAAAACUGUAAAUAUUUAAAAUUUGUGGACUCACUUAAAGUGUCAGUGCAUAGUUUGAUUCUAAAUGAGGCUGGGAACCGUAAAGUUUGGAGUGCAGACAGAAAAGUGCCUUUUAAUGUUAGUGAGACAUACUUUUUAGAAUAUAGAGUACCUGAUUGUAUUCAGAAAACUACACACAGCAGUAAAGCCAAAGUUGACAGUGGACUUGACGAGCACUUCAAUAGAGUGUGUGCAAGGAGAAACUAUGGUGAAGGCAUUCAUUUCAAACAUGUGUCUGUGCAUGAAAUCACUGGCUUAGAAACCACCAACUUGAAUAAGUGUGAAUUGAAAUUUAAAUUGACCUACAGAAAUAACAAACAAAAAACUUCUAGUUUACUGGGAUUCGCGAUAUUCCACUUUAAUGUGUUUGAAGUGGCCAAGAAUUUAACAUGUCAUAGAGCAAUUUCAAUAGUUUUAAAUGAGAAAGUUCCUAUUGUUUUGGGCACUUUAAAAUUGACUGUACAAUUGGGAUGUGGGAAACUGUACUUUGGUAAGGAGUUUAUUGAUGCAAUUGAUUCAAAUGACAUAAAUUCUGUUGCAUUGGGCAGUGAUGACAGUGCUACAAAAACUAAAUCUGAAUAUAGUACAAAAAUUGUUGAAAAAGCUAAGGAAAUUGAAGAUGAUGGAGAUAAACCAAUGAGCAUUGAUCACACUGAAAGGUUAAUUAAAAAACGAAUUGGACAAAAAACUGUAAAUUGUGCAACACAAACUGUUAAAUCUAAUGAUAAAACUGUAUCUAGGUCUGCUUAUUUUGUAAAUAAACCAAAUUUCACUAAACCAAGUACUAGUUUAUUAAAUGUGUCUAGUAAUAAAAAAGGAGAGAAGUCAAUACUGUUUGGUUUCUUGUACAUUGCAGAAGCUCAAUAUUUGUCUAAACCAUUUACUACAUAUCUAACAUGUCAACCGUUUUGUAUACAAGAAACAUCAAACAGUAGAAUAUCUCUUUCAUCAAAUCCUAUAUUCAAUUUUUGCCAGAGUGUGCCAUUGGUUUUUGAUGAUGAUUUGUUACUGCAAUUCAGAGAAAAUUACACCGUUGUCGAGUUUUGGAAAAAAGACGAACCAGAUAAGAUUUUUGGAAUAGGAAAAAUUUCCUUACAUCAGUUCUAUAUUGCAUAUAGAAAUCCUGUUAUUCUAAAAUAUUUGGGAAACAAUAAGUUGCCGGUGAUUGGAACUGACUGGUGGGAGCCGAUUUUCAACCAAACAACAGAAGAAGUGGUUGGACAGUUUCAAGUGUUAAUAGCUCUAGGUACAGAGCAACAAAUCAAGAAUUUGGAACAGGAACGAGGCUUCAAAACAGACGUAGUAAAGGCCAAAUUAGACAGGCCAAUUACCACUAAAUAUCAAAAUCCAAGAACGUCAAAUAAAACAGAGACUUUGAAACGAGACAUCGAAACGCAAAGCUCGAAUCCAGUUUCCCCCGUGAUUAAAACUAAAGAAAACACCAAAAACGACAUUGCAAUACAAACUAAAGAGCCAUCACCGAGAUCCGUAACAUUCCGAGAAGAAACAACAAACACAAGCUUCCGCGAUACACCUAGACAAUCAAGAACGUUGUCAGUAGAAAAAGCAGACAAGGGAAUACAGCACAAUUCGGAAAUGGAUCCGAACAACCAACAGAAUAAAAUACCCGAAAUGCUCGAGGGUUUCUUCAAGCAGAUGCGAAUCGCCAACAACGCGAACCAAGAUGCCAGCACCACAAACGGCAACGAUCCCAUGAGCAUAGCACAGGGCCAGACCAACUUACAACUGAGGAAAACCUCGGAUUUAUUAAACUCCCUACAAAAAGCACUGAACAAUGAUUCCAGCAUACCGGCCAAACUGAAGACGUUCAGAGCUCAAGUUAAUAUUCAGAGCGCCCUUCAUUUACCCAGCAGGAAGAAGUGUAAAUCCAAGAGGUCAAGGUGUUCAGGAAACAAAACUGAGGAUAAUGGGUUGCCCAGUACUUAUGUUAGUUUUGAGUCGGUUCCGGGGGAACCCUUGAAAAUUACACCCGUUGUUUCGAAAUGCAGCAGUCCUCAAUGGAAUUAUAAUUGCGACGUGAUUUUACCGGUGGAUUUGUUGCACAGUAGUUCAAAACGAUUGAUCUUUAAAGUUUGGAGGAAAAGUACAAAUACAAAUUUGGUGCCCAACAUGCAGACGGACUUGGUUCUGGGAUUUGCAGCUGUUGAUUUGACCGUUUUAUUAGCCGGUCUCCCAAACGUUCAGGGCUGGUUUAAUAUUGUGGACUUUACGGGAAAAUGCAACGGCCAAAUAAAUAUUCACGUGAGUCCACUGGAAAACUUAUUCCAUUAUCAGCAGUCAUCGAAUACAAUUUCAACGCCGAACACUACUAACGAUUUCGACUUCUUCCAAAAUCUCAGCACUGACUGUAAGCUACCCGGCGAUUCCCUCAGCCGUGCGGUAAAGCGAAAGUUCACAGAACUGGAGGAAAUCACUCGACGGUUAAGACUGAGACUGUCAACGGUGACAAACGACGAAUCGGACGGGUCGAAUGAUGAGAUCGCCGAUGAGUUCGAACGGGACAUUAACACGAUUUGCGUGGAGGACGAUUACGAUUUGGUCAAUUUCGACGAGGAGGCGAAGAAGUUCAGCAUUAAUCAUUCGAAAGCAGUGCAAGAUAACCAGAAGGCUGAGUCUUUGCUGUCCAUAUCGACGGAUCAUCAAGAAUAUUCCAGUUCGGAAUGUGAAGAAAUGAAGCUCUCCGAGGAUUCUGAUAAAAAUUUGGAUGCAUGUUUGGCUCAAGGCAAACAAAGGAUAGAUACUUUGCUGGAGAAAUUAAAUUCGAUAUCUGGCGAUACGAAUUUGUUUGCAAAUCGUUAUGUUUCUGGGUGUUCUACCAACAAUGACAAUGUGAAUAUUGAUACUGAAGACUUUCUGAAGGAAUUGAGUGCACCAGCAUCCUCUAGUAGUCAACCUGGGAGCAAUUUUGAUAGUACCAUAUUUAAAGAAUUGUAUGGUCACGUUGUAAGACGAGACAAAUCGAGUACUGCAGAAACGUCCAGUGAUUCUAGCUUAUAUACUGAUUCUAGAGAAGCUCCAGAUGGACAAGGCACAUCAACAGAUGAUAAAAAUUUAAGUAAACCCAGUAAAUGAAGAAAAAUAGACGGUUUUCAAAAACAGUAUUGAAGACUAAAAGAAAAUUAUAGAAUUGAAGUAUGAUAUUUAAGUUUUUAAUAAGAGAGACAAUUUUUUCAAAUGGAAUAUUGUGGAGUAAUAUAAAAAUAUGGAAUUGAAUAAUCAAGAAACGAAAUAGUUUAAUUUUUUCAGUAUUGUUUUAAUUUGUUAUUUUAUUGUAAUUAUUGUGAGAUUAUUUAUUUUAUUAUUACUGUGUAAUAUAUGCUAAGAAUAAACAUGAAAUUUAUA